AUUAUAGGACUUUGGUUUUUUUAAUCAGUAUUUUGAUACGGAGGUGUAUCCCUUUUCUGUUAUCUCAAAUGCAAAGCAAUAUCCGUGACUCAUGAACUUUGGGAUGCAUCCAUACUGGUUUCUAUUCUAAUUCUUUCAAGUGGAGUAUUUGGUGUUGGAGAACCUUCCUCCCAUCCCUUUGAAAUAACAUUGCAACUCCUAAUGGCACUGUUGGGGGCUUUUCAUUCCUUCUCAACAUGCUAUGUGAAGUUUGCCCUGGAGUAUUGAGGGGUUUUUGUUUUUUUUUUUUGAGUGUUGAGUUUUUGAGUGGAAAUGGAGAAACUAGGGUUGGGGGAACCUUGGGACAUCCUAAAAGAACAAGGUUAAUGUUGAAACUCACAAACUGACGUGGAGCCACACGUGGUUAGCAGUACCAGAGACCAGGCCAGUAGAGGAGUUUCUUUCUGAAGGAGAAACUACAGGACCCUCUGCAAUUAAUUUAGCCUCUGAAAUUAAGUCAUGUACCUUGCAUUUUCUGUGAAGGGAAAUCAUUAAGAUUAAUGUCUGCCCAUUAAUAAGUGGGAUUGAUACGGUCAAGGGAAAGACUCCUGAUUCUUAAAUAGGGCUAAGUACCUGUACUGAAACUGAAAUGUGUGUGUGUGUGUGUGUGUGUGUGUGAAGUCUACAUUUUACUACUCUUUUCUCUAGCUCCUUGCUCGGAUUGAACGUAUGGAAAGGCGCAUGCAGCUGGUAAAGAAGGAUAAUGAGAAAGAAAGGCACAAGUUGUUUCAGGGCUAUGAAACUGAGGAGAGAGAGGAAGCGGAGCUACCAGAGAAAAUUAAACUGGAGUGCCAGCCGGAGCUUUCCGAGACAUCUCAGGCUCUGCCUCCCAAGCCUUUCUCAUGUGGGCGGAGUGGAAAGGGACACAAAAGGAAAUCCCCAUUUGGAAGUACAGAAAGAAAGACUCCUGUUAAAAAGCUGGCUCCUGAAUUUUCAAAAGUCAAAACAAAAACACCUAAGCACUCUCCCAUUAAAGAGGAGCCCUGUGGUUCUUUAUCUGAAACUGUUUGUAAACGUGAGCUGAGGAGCCAAGAAACUCCAGAGAAACCCCGGUCGUCUGUGGACACCCCACCAAGACUCUCCACUCCCCAGAAGGGACCCAGCGGCCAUCCCAAGGAGAAAACCUCAAGUGAGAUAGAAGAUUUGCCGUACCUUUCCACCACAGAAAUGUAUUUGUGUCGUUGGCACCAGCCUCCCCCAUCACCGUUACCAUUACGGGAAUCCUCUCCAAAGAAGGAGGAGACUGUAGCAAGGUGUCUGAUGCCAUCAAGUGUUGCAGGAGAAACUCCAGUCUUGGCUGUUCCUUCUUGGAGGGGCCACUCGGUGGAGCCCCUAAGGGACCCAGACCCUUCUGACCUUUUGGAGAACCUGGACGACAGUGUGUUUUCGAAGCGGCAUGCAAAACUGGAGCUGGAUGAGAAGCGAAGGAAAAGAUGGGAUAUUCAGAGGAUCAGGGAACAAAGAAUUUUACAGCGACUGCAGCUCAGAAUGUAUAAAAAGAAAGGAAUUCAGGAAUCUGAGCCUGAGGUUACCUCAUUUUUCCCUGAGCCAGAUGAUGUUGAAAGUUUGACGAUUACCCCCUUCUUGCCUGUUGUAGCAUUUGGACGACCAUUACCAAAAUUAACUCCACAGAACUUUGAGCUGCCCUGGCUGGACGAGCGUAGCCGAUGCAGAUUGGAGAUACAAAAGAAGCAAACACCUCACCGGACGUGUAGGAAAUAGCUGUACCAGCAAGAGCCCUGUCUUCAGAUAGUUGUAGCAUGCCAUUCUCAGAGAGUGGCAGAGACCUGUUUAUGUGACCUGUGUCCUUGUGUGUGCCAUCAGUCACUGAUACACCUUUCCAUACUCCUUUGGUUUUGUUGUCCUCUAAUUUUACAAAAGCUCUUUCAUUGGGCUAAUUGUGAAUUGUAGAGGUUAAUUUCGGUUUCUUUUCCCUUUUUGAGGGGCAUGAGCUCUAAAGCUCUAUAGGAUGGCAGAUUUGGAAGCGGCAGUGGUCUGCCACUAUCCAUUUGCCUAUGGCCAAGUGCUCUCUUCCUUACGUGUGUGGAAGAAACAAUGUCUGUGUCUAAAACUGUGCCUGCAUGGCACUCUCCUCACCCUGGUAUGCCCUUUCCCUGUAGUUUGGGUAUCAUAGUGGGUUUUACCCUCAAACAGAACAAAAAGUCCUCACCAUGAGCUUUAGAACCAGAUGAGGAAUAGCAAGUGAAGUGAAGAAGCAAGUAACCCUCACAGAAUCAGAGCCUAGAGGAACCGGUACAUCAAUGAGAAGAGGCUCGUUCUUUUGAAACGAUUCUGUGAAGCAGCCAUAUGGGGAGGGAGGUUUGCUGUUAAUGUUUUCUUAGUUAAUGGGUGAUUGAAUUUCUUCCCUCAUCCCUCAAAAAACAAAAUCUGUGGAUAAGGUCAUGAGAAUGGUUCCUCUCAGACAAGGUGUGGCUUUAUAAACAAAAGCAUUGGACAUUUGGGGAUGGCAUGCCAGAACCUGUAUAGAUGUCCUUGUGUCACAUCACUUCUCAAGUAUUCCUUGUGGGCUUUUUACUUUUGGCUGAGCUCUUGGUGGUGGGGUAGAGGUUUAGGGAGGGUGGGGGGUGUGGAAUUAUAUGCUUCAUUUGGCUGGCAAAUUGUCUACAUCUUGUAACAAACAGAUGUGCCUAAUGAGCUUCUCCAUUCACUUUGUAAAAAUACAAGUGUACGUGUACCAUUAUGGGUUUCUCUCCCCCUUGCCCACCCCAGUUUUGUUUAAAAAUAAAUAAAGACAUAAUUUCAGGACAGCACUGCCAGGCCACAUUGGUCUCAGUUUAAGAUCCUUGUAACUAUCUGGAAGGAAUGUAGAGCCAAGACCUCUGGUCUUAACUAUAUAGGAAUUGCCUUUCAUUAGUCUUCAGGACUAUGGUGUGAACACAAGUAGGGGUCUAAUCUCCUAGAAGGUAGGGGCUUUUAUCCUUGAAGAGAAUGUGUCCCAGAUCAUUAGCACUUUUAGAGGAGAAGCCAAGGUAUGUAGGGUGUGUGGCCGGCCCAUCAGUGGAGCAUGAGAGAAUGGGAUGAAGUCCACGAGACGUUGAGCUGUGCUUCCCGGGUUUGACUUUUCAGGGGACUUCUUCCGGCAGCACAUGUAGUAUUGGAUGAUCUUGCUCCUCUUCUUUCUCCUUUUUUGUGUGUUUGUGUUCAUUUGUAACUCCCAUCUGCUUAGGAGAGUGGGCUCUCCACACGGGCACCUGCUGUGAACUUCAUUGCAGCAAGUAUGUAGGGAGAAAUAGGACUUAUUCCACUAGGGGCUCUCAUCUCACACCUUAAGGAAAGGAAGGAGAUUUCUUGUGAAAUUAGGCCAGAUUUUCUUUGUUCCUCUUUCAUUUUAACCUGGCAAACAGUUUUCCCACUCUGAUCUAUGUGCCCAAAAAGGUGGGGGGGGGAGGGAAAAAAGACCACCCAGUGUCUUUAUUCUUGAUCCUUCUCAGUUCUUGACUUUCAGCAUUUGUGGGAUUCCUAAGUUUGGAUACGAGGUUAGCAAAUUUAACCUAUGCUUAUACCAUUCCCAGAGGACUCCCUAGAUCCUGAGCUAGACUGAGAGGAAUCCAUGAGGUGCUAUCUGGCCAGACUUAAGUGGGUUUUAUUUCUUUGGUUCUCCCUGUCCCUGAGGACCUCCCAUUUUACUGUUCCAUCAAAUCUCCUUUGAUUUGGAUUAUGUUUGAGGUUUGUUGAGAAGAAGGUUGGAGAAUAGAUUAGCAAAGUUCCGAAAAUGAAAUUACAGUGUGUGGGGGGAAAAUUAGUCUUAUUUUUCCCUACAUGGGAUAUAACACUGUGAAAUUCAAUCUUCAACUGAAAGCCCUACAGUUCUCCUAAAACAUAAUUCCCUGUUUAUCUUUUGUUAACCAAGUUUAAGCUAGUGUUAAUAAAUUAAAACAAGAAAUUGCGUCUGUCCUCUUCAGCUUUGUUUUUGCCCAUUUCAUAUUGUUGUCUGUGUUGUAAUUCAUACUUUUGAUACCAUUUCUGAUGUGUAAAAUUGGUUGUCUUGUAAAUAUCUUAUAAAGAGUUGAACUGUAAAUAAACUAUUGUGGCUGUUAA